GGGCAAGACACCCCAAAACACCAACGAAAUGCCGCAACGACCACGAUAUCCUUCCCAAUCGGCCAUCGUGUACAUGGUAUUGCGCACAGCAGGCAUUCUCGUCAAUAUCGUCUUCCUUGUCUUCCUUGGUGGUUUGACUGAAAUUCACCAUGAAACAUACCCAGUAGCUUACGUGGCCGCUGUCUGGGCUCUCUGUGCUGAUGCGCUAGAAGUAGGGGUGCUGCUUAACAAGAGCCGCUCUAUUCCACGCUUGUCUGGCGGAGGACAGCUAACCCUGGAUGUCAUUGGCCUUUUUCUGCUCCCAGCUGCGGUUCUUAAUUGGGUCAUGUCCAAUCCACCCCGGGAUUAUGAGCCCUCUCGUGAGGUGGAUGAGGCAACUACGUGGACCGGGAACGUACUCUGGGUGGGUUCUGCCUGUCUUGGUAUAAGGCUCAUCCUAUCAGUGGCCGUUUGUGUGGAUUUUUGCUUGGCCCGUCGUCGAAAACAGGGUUAGCAACACAGGCAGUGGUGCAAAGUAACGGCAGACUUCUACUGCUCCCUUUCGGAAGGUUUUGUUGGAAAGCGGAAGCAUAUGAGUAUCUGGAGUCACU